CAAAUUUCAAUAACACGGUUAAGUUAUGUUAUGUUUAUCUAUCAAUUUAUUAACAAAUUCGUAUUAUAAAGUUGAGUUAAAGCUGCCAAAAUCUUCAGAAAUUACUAAAAAGUCUUUUCUUUGUCAAAAAAUGGUAUUAUGGAAUCUAUAAAUUUUCCAUAUUAUUCUGGCCGCUCUGGUGACGAAUUAACAUAUCGUGUAAAUAAAGGCUUAUUGAUAGUCUUCGACUUUUUUAACAGUUAUAUUUCACAAGACAAUGGUUAUUUUGAACUCAUCAAAUACUUUAAAGAAUCAAAUUUUUGUACUGAGUUUUACAAAGUUUCAUGCGGAAAAAAUUUUAUUACAAAAUGUAGUGAGUUAGCUUCAUGCAACAAAAUUCAAGAUUAUGAUUGCAUUGUUGUGCUUAUAUCAAGCAUCGGAGACGAAAGUUCUAUCAAUUGCAACGAUUGUUUCAUUAAUUUGAAUGAGAUUAUUGACUUAUUUAACGGGAAAAUGAGUAAAAUUUCAAUUCAAAUACCGAAGAUUUUUUUUGUACAAACUUGUACUGGAGAUGAAUGUGAUAAUGUAAAUUUUAAUUCAAAAACGAUUUCAAAUAUUGAUAUUGUUAAAACAUUACCUUCUGAUGCAAACGUACUUGUGGCAUAUUCAACCACAAGUUGUAAACAGAACUCAUGGUUUAUAGAAUGUCUUUUAGCAGUAUUCAAAAAGUAUUCAAAAGAAGAAGAUUUAUUGACAAUGCUUACUCGAGUCAACCGUGAAAUGUAUAGUAUGUAUAUGUAUGCUGAUGACGAAAAGAUGAUUUCUUCACAAAUAAGCCAACUAACUUACAAAGUAUUCAUAAAUUAAAACCUCCCACUUAUAGAAAAAGGAAUCAUAUUUGCAUAUUAACGUUUUAAAGCUAAAUAAGGUCCAAAUUUUUACUUUUAAUAUAUAAGAAAUUUUUCUGUAAAUUUUUCGAUUUUUUAAUUUUUAUGAUUUUCAAA